UUGUAAAGGAGCACGUCUCUCUGCUCACUGACCCAUCCGUCUUUCAAUCGCCAUUAUAUACCAUCGAUCUCAGCUCUCCUUGCCUCCAUUGUUGCAAGUCUCCUUCUCACUCACUCGCACGCACUUCGCGCUAUGUCAGAAUUAAGUGCUAAUUCUCCAGCCUACGCAAUGACUUUCGGGAAGAAGGAUUACGAGUUUUUGAAGGAAAUCGGAGUUGGUCCGACCAAUUCGGGUUGCUAUGUUAAUGGUGUUUGGCAGGGGAAUGGCUCCAUCGUUUCUUCUGUCAAUCCAGCUGAUAAUCAGCCGAUUGCCGAAGUUGUCGAGGCAUCUAUUCAGGACUACGAGGAAGGAAUACAAGCAUGUGCACAAGCUACAAAGAUAUGGAUGCAGAUUCCUGCACCAAAGAGGGGUGAGAUUGUGCGGCAAAUUGGUGAUGCACUGAGAUCGAAGCUCCAUCAACUUGGCCGGCUUGUUUCCCUAGAAAUGGGAAAAAUUCUACCUGAAGGAAUAGGGGAGGUUCAGGAGAUUAUUGAUAUGUGUGACUUUUCUGUGGGACUGAGUCGGCAGCUGAAUGGGUCGAUCAUACCCUCAGAGAGACCAAAUCAUAUGAUGUUAGAGACGUGGAAUCCUCUAGGGAUAGUCGGUGUAAUAACAGCUUUCAAUUUCCCUUGUGCUGUUCUUGGAUGGAAUGCUUGCAUUGCUCUUGUUUGUGGAAAUUCAGUUGUCUGGAAGGGUGCUCCAACAACACCUCUGAUUACCAUAGCUAUGACGAAGAUUAUCGCCGGGGUAUUGGAGAAGAACAAUUUGCCGGGUGCAAUUUUCACCUCAUUUUGUGGUGGUGCUGAUAUCGGUCAAGCCAUAGCCAAAGAUACGCGCAUACCUCUCGUUUCCUUCACCGGGAGCACCAAGGCGGGACUAACUGUUCAACAAACAGUCAACCAAAGAUUCGGAAAAUGCCUGCUUGAAAUGAGUGGAAAUAACGCCAUAAUCGUCAUGGAUGACGCCGACAUCGAACUAGCUGUUCGAUCUGUUCUAUUUGCUGCUGUUGGAACCGCCGGUCAGCGAUGCACCACAUGCCGUAGACUGCUUCUUCACGAGAGCAUUUACCAGAAAGUUCUCGAACGACUGCUCGAAGUCUACAAACAAGUCAAGGUAGGAAAUCCAUUGGAAAAGGGCACCUUACUUGGCCCGCUCCAUACUCGAACAUCCCGGGACAAUUUCAUUCACGGUAUACAGAAAAUCAAGUCACAGGGAGGAAAGAUAAUCACUGGCGGAAAUAUCAUCGACUCCCUAGGCAAUUAUGUGCAACCCACCAUAGUCGAAAUCUCUGCCAAUGCUGAUGUUGUUAAGGAAGAGCUCUUUGCACCCGUUCUUUACGUCAUGAAGUUUCUGUCACUGAAGGAAGCGAUCGAAAUGAACAAUUCUGUACCUCAAGGUUUAAGCAGUUCCAUCUUCACCCGUAAACCUGAAAUCAUAUUCAAAUGGAUCGGGCCCAUGGGAAGCGACUGCGGAAUUGUAAAUGUCAACAUUCCGACGAACGGAGCUGAAAUUGGCGGCGCAUUUGGCGGCGAGAAAGCCACCGGCGGCGGGCGUGAAGCUGGAAGCGAUUCUUGGAAGCAAUACAUGAGACGCUCGACUUGCACCAUCAACUAUGGAAGUGAACUGCCUUUGGCGCAAGGAAUCAACUUUGGGUAGAUUUGUACAAACAAAGGUAUUAUUAUAUCAUUAUCAUGGCUAUUAUUAUUGCAAUAAUAAAUAUAAACUUCAUCAAUAAAUCGCUUUGCAUUGAUUUUAA